GUGACGUCAUAAGGCUGCGCUGCUCCCGCGAUGUGAUUCAAGUGAAGAAAGGAUAAAGUGUCCAAACGCAGAGAAAAACUCCUGCUGAAGCGACUGAUCUCCACACUGUUAUAAAGAUGGCGUUUAUUAAAGAGGAGAGUGAAGAUGUGAAGAUUGAAGAAACAUUCACAGUCAAACAGGAAGAUCUGCAGGAACAAACAGACCUAAGUAAAGACUAUGAGGAGAGUAAAGAGGAGGAACAGCAUGUCAAAAUUGAGGAGAAACUCAUUUAGAGACUGAUGGUAUUUUAAAAGUGAGAGACAAGAGUUGUUUUACCUGCACUCAGUGUGGAAAGAGUUUGGCAAGCAAAAGCAAGCUUAAGAUUCACAUGAUGAUCCACACAGGAGAGAAACCAUUCACAUGCACUCAGUGUGGGAAGAGUUUCAUCCAAUCAUCAUGCCUUAAUCAACACAUGAUGAUUCACACCGGAGAGAAACCAUUCACAUGUACUCAAUGUGGGAAGAGUUUCAGCCAAUCAUCAUACCUUAAUAAACACAUGAGGAUUCACACUGGAGAGAAACCAUUCACAUGCACUCAGUGUGGGAAGAGUUUCAGCCAAUCAUCAAACCUUAAUCAACACAUGAUGAUUCACACAGGAGAGAAACCAUUCACAUGUACUCAGUGUGGGAAGUGUUUCAGCAAAUCGUCACACCUUAAUCAACACAUGAUGAUCCACACUGGUGAGAAACCAUUCACAUGCAACCAGUGUGGGAAGAGUUUCAGCCAAUCAUCAUCCCUUAAUAAACACAUGAGGAUUCACACUGGAGAGAAACCAUUCACAUGCACUCAGUGUGGGAAGAGUUUCAGCCAAUUAUCACACCUUAAUAAACACACAAAGAUCCACACUGGUGUGAGAGAGUAUAUGUGCUUGGAGUGUGAGAAGACUUUUAUCACAGCUGCAGAAUUGAAAUGGCACAAGAGGAUUCACACUGGAGAAAACCCGUACAAGUGUUUAUAGUGCAGUAAGAGGUUUACUCACUCAAGAACCCUGAAAACACAUGAGAGGAUUCACACUGGACAGAAACCGUAGACAUGAUCAGUGUGUACAGAGUUUCACUCAUUUGGGGCAGCUUAAGAAACACAUAGGAUGGUUUCUGGUAUGGCGUAGACACAUGUAGCAGCAUAGAAAGAGCGCUCCCAUACACACUGGUUUUAAUCCUCCUUUUUACAUCCAUAUUUAAAUAACAUGGAGGGGGACAAAAACAACCAUUGAAACCUGAAAAAAAUGAGAAAUCAACAGAUGAAAAAUCAGAGACGGACGGGACAGCUGAUAGCCUGUCAGCUAGCAUUGCAGCAAUACAUACGGACAUCAAAGCUUUCCAGAUGGAUAUUAAAUGCGAUUUAACCGCCUUCCAAGAUUCUCUCGCAAAACAUGUGAAAAUGGAACUAAGUAACUUUAAACAAGAAGUCAAUAAAAACUGGAUGGCCUUAUCACGGACCUAAAUGCAAUGGCAGGUCAACGAUGUGGAGAAGCGAGUUGGAGAAUUGGAGGAGAACAUUGCUGAGAUGAAAGAAAUGCUUGAUCAAACCAUCCAAAUUCAAGAAAAUUUACAAGAGAAACUGUUAGAUCUAGAAUCACGUAGAAAUAAUAUUCGGAUUUUUGGAAUCCUGGAAGGAAGCGAAGGGAAUAAUAUCCAAGACUUGGUGGAAAGAUUAUCAAAAUGGAGCUGUCACUAGACUAAUUGAACCUUAAAAGCCAAUGGUGUUACCGGGCACUCGGACCAAAACCACCCGCUGAUGCCACCCUAGAUCAGUGGUGGUAUUCUUCAUGGAAUACAAAACAAAUAAACUGGUCCUCCGCAUGGAGAAAGAACGUAAUACACUGGAAAGAUAAAAGGAUUUUCUUUGACCAAGACUACCCACCUGAGAUCCAACAGAAAAGACGGGCUUUUGCUCCUUUAAGAAAAAUUCUGAAAGAAAAGGGGAUUAAGUUCCAAACACCACCGCCAGCGAAACGUAGAAUCUUUCUGGAAAACGGGCCGGUCAUGUACAAUUCGAUGACGGAGGCAUC